AUUUUUUAUAAAAUGUAUUUAAAUCAUGUGCUGUGCAUUUCUGUGUUACUAUUAAAAAGUGUAGAACUUAAGUAUAUAGAAACUGAGAUAGUCAUUUUGGGCGCAGGAGCUUCUGGUAUCUCAGCAGUCAAAACAUUAUCUAAACAAGGUGUUACAGAUUAUAUCUUGCUGGAUGCUCAACCCUUUAUAGGAGGUAGAGUACAGCAUGUAUCUUUUGGUGAACACAAGGUUGAAUUAGGAGCCAAUUGGAUUUAUGGUAAAGGCAAAAAUCCAAUACAUAAACUGGCAGUCAAUCAUGGUUUAAAAACUACCCCUAAUGAUAAAAAUGAUGUGGUCUAUUUUGAUGAUUAUGGUUUAUUGAAAAAUCAACAAGAAGGCAUUCAAAAGAGCAGUGAAUUUGAGUACAUCAAAGCAGAACUAGUGGAUUAUGCAGAUAAACGGAUGAAACGUAAUCAGGUUGAUUUGUCAAGCCGAUCUGCACUAAGCUUGUUGGGAUGGAGACCAGACACUUCACUGAAAGCAGCCAUUGAAUAUUUCAAUAUCGAUUGGGAGUUUUCUGAGCCUGCAGAAAUGUGUUCUUUAGAUUAUGCUACAGGCACCGCAGAUAGCAUAACUGGCUCUUAUCCGUUUGGAAACGAGUUUGUAGUAGAUGAUAGAGGAUUCAAUCAUAUAUUAAAACAAGAAUCAGCCAAGUUUUUAGUCCCUAAUGAUCAUCGUUUGAUGCUUAAUACAACAGUAACACAAGUCAUUUAUAAUGAUCAUAAUGUGACAGUCGUGACAUCGGGUGGAGAUGUGAUUGUGUCCAAAUAUACCAUAUGCACAUUUUCUUUAGGUGUGUUACAAAGUGAUCUUGUUCAGUUCGAACCUACAUUUCCUGAAUGGAAACGAGAAGCACUAUUGAGUUUCCAUAUGACCACGUAUACUAAAAUCUUUCUUUUGUUUAAGCAGAAAUUCUGGGGUGAUUGGCAGUUUGCACUCUACGCCAACAACCUUACUCAACAUGGUGGUUAUUAUACAGUCUGGCAAAACUUAAAUGCACCAGGCUAUUUCUUCAAAAGCAGUGAUCCUAUAUUAAUGGUCACCAUAACCGAUAAAGAGUCCCAACGUAUAGAACGCAUGACAAAUGCACAGGUACAAGAGGAAAUCAUGCAAGUGUUACAGCGCAUGUUUCCUUCACUGAAAAUUGAGCCGCCUAUUCAAAUUCUGUUUCCAAGAUGGUAUCAAAAUCCUCUGUUUAGAGGUUCUUAUUCUAAUUGGCCUAUCGGUGCAUCGCAAAAGCACCAUCUGAAUAUGAGAGCACCUCUAAAAAACAGGUUGUGGUUUGCAGGAGAAGCCAUGUCCGCUGAUUAUUACGGGUUUUUACAUGGUGCUUGGUUAGAAGGAGAGUCUGUUGUUCAUAGCAUUUUGACAUGCAUGAGAGCCGAGAAAUGUCCCGUUUAUGAAUACCAUGAAUAUGUAACUGGAUGUGAUGUAGAGAACAAAUUAAGAUUUUUCAGGCAAACUUAAUAAAUUGUAAUACAACGUCACUCUUUUGUCG